GACAGCUGGAAGCUGCCGGCAGCAAGUCGCAUGGAUCCCACCGCCGCCCCGAGCGACCACAUUGCGAUCUUCCUCGACCGCCCGGCCGACGUGCGUGCGUACCUCGAGGCCUUGCCACCGCGUCUUCUAUCUCCAUCGCUCGCGAGUCUUCUCGCGCUCUUUGCGGCGCAGCGCGCUGGCCGGCUUGCAGCGACCGCCGGCGACGUGCGCCUCUGGCCGACGCUCGACUUGUCCAACGCGUCGCCGGACGAUGAACUCGCGCGCCAUAUCACAACGUGUCUUGGGCUGUUUCCGAUGCUGCGGCUGCAGGUCGUGGGCUUCCCGUACGUGAUCCCACGCACGACGCGCCUCGAGCUUGCCAACCUCUCGUUGCCAACAGCGUUCACGACAGCGUUGCAGCAGUGGCCGGACGCGAUCACGUCCAUAUCGCUCGACUUGCGCGACGGCGCCUGGUCCAUCGAUGCGCUGGCCCACGGGCUUGCAUCGCUUCCGCGGCUCGAGGCCAUCGACGUGCUGUGGCCGUCGACGCGCAGCGACGAGGCGUUUACGGCGCUUCUCGAGGCCAUGACGACGACGCCCAUCACAUCGCUCGCGCUGCGCUUUUCGUUCGACUCGCGCCUCAACUGGACCUCCCGCAUGACGUCGCUCGUCGUCCAGUGGCUGGCGACGCGGCCUGUCCAGUCGGUGGCGCUACACAGCCUCAAGGCCAUCGACGAAGCAUGCUUGCAUACGCUCUUGGACGCCAUCACGCACUGCAAGACAUUGGAGACGCUCGUGCUUCGAAGCGUUGCGCUUGCCCGACCGCUCUUCAAGCGCCGCAUCACGUUGCCGACGUCGCUGACGACGCUCGAGCUCUGGAGCAUCCCAUACGACGACCUCGACCGCGCGAUGGCGUCGCUCGCCCAUUUGCCGCUGCACACGUUGCGCUUCUCGGUGCUCUUCCCCGGCCGGCACAAGCGCGACGAGGACUUGGCGGCCACGCGCUUUGUGAGCGAGACGCUCCCGACCUUGACGGCGCUGCGUACGCUCGAGCUUUUUUCAUUCCCGCUGCCCAAAGAGUCGUGGCGGCCGCUCGGUCUGGUCGUGCAGCGCCUGGAGCACAUCUUCCUCUAUGAAAACAAGCUCAAGGACGACGGACUGAGCGUGCUCGCGGCCGCCUUGCCGGCCUGUCGCCGGCUCCAGACGCUGCACGUCAUUAGCCAAAAGUGCACCGACCGAAGCGCGAUUGCGAUAGCCAAUGGCGCACCGCCCUCGCUGCGCUCGCUGGAUCUGAGCGAAAACCGCAUCGGCUCGGACGGUGCGAUCGCGCUCAGCCGCCUUGUGAGUCAGCUCGACUCGGUCGACUUGAACGACAAUGAGAUUGGGGCCACCGGCGCGGUGGCCCUCGCCCGCGUCUUGCCCCAGGCGCGGCACCUCCGCCAGGUCGGACUCAUGUACAACCCCGUCAAGCGCCGCGGUGUCCUUGCCCUCGUGUCGGGCCUGUCGCACUCGCGUCAUUUUCAAGGUGGCGCCGUCGUCGUCAUCGGCGCGGUUGCGACCGAUCGGACCAAUGACGUGGCCGCGUGUCGGCAAGCGAUUGCUCGUCUUCCGAACCAGUCGAUGCUGCAGUUUGAGCAGCCCGACAUGAUGUUUUAG